AUGAUCGCUUGGUUAUCCGAUCGAUUGACUGCGGCGGACGACCUCUGCCCUAAGUUAGUCAUCCUAGGUCAAACUAACGUUGGUAAAUCAUCGCUUCUCAACGUUUUAAGCGGUCAGCAUCGCUCAAUCGUUUCGAGUCAAAAACACACCACUCGCGACGCCGUGAACGAAAAAAUAAAGUUGGCCGGCCGGGACGUAGAAAUUAUUGAUACGGCUGGCUUAAGACGUAAGUCACGUUUAGAAGAAGACGUAGCCUACUUUGCUUACCUGCGGACUCAGCAAGCCCUAGAAAGCGCCACGGUUGUGAUGUUAGUUUUGGAUGCCAGUCAGCGCCUAGCCCACUUUGAUGCUCGCAUCAUUGGUUACGUUGAGGAAGAAAAAAAACCGUUUUUAAUCGUGGUCAACAAGUGGGAUUUGGUUAGUUCUCAAACUAGUUGCGCUAAAUUUCAAAGCAAUUUAGUGGCUAAAUGACCCUUUUUAAAGUGGGUCCCAGUCGUUUGCGUUUCGGCGUUGCGGAAAGAAAAAAUUCACCAAAUCGGUCAAACUUUCGGCAAAAUUCUAAGCGGUUUAAAAACAAAGAUCCCCACCCGUCAUCUCAACGAUUUAAUCAAUGACGUUCAAACAAUUAAACCAGCGCCUAGUUACCGGGGAAAGAGACUGGAAAUAUUUUUUGGUCAGCAAGUCCAAGCCAGAACCCCGACUUUCAAACUUUUUGUUAACGACAAAAAAUUGGCCCACUUUUCUUACUUACGUUUCAUUGAAAACCAAAUACGUGAAAUUUAUCCUUUGUGAGGCGUGCCGAUUCGUUUUUUAUUAGAAAAUAAACGCCAAUCAAAGGCAUAA